AUGGCCGAGGUUUUUGCUGCCUUUUGGUACUCCAUCAUAGGCCGUCUCCUCUGCACCAACAGCAGAAAGGAAGAUCAGAAGGAGGAAAAAAGUGGAGUUCAGAUUUUUGAUCUCCAGCAUUUUGAUCUUUACAGUCCUCAUCAACCAAUGUCCGCGUCUUUGGCGUUCACGACUGAAGCCAUGAGGCUGUUGGAGGAAGAACAGAAAGAGAAGGACCCGUUGAAGCCAAAGCAACCGAUGUCUGCGUUUUUCAUAUUCAGAAAUGAGCUAAGAGCAGAGAGCAAGUGUGGCUGGGAGGUCAUUGAAGAAUGGAACAACAUGACAGAGAAACAGAAGAAGCCAUAUGAAAAGAUUGCAAAGCAAAACAUGGAAAAAUAUUUGGAAGAAAUGGAGGCUUACAAGCAGAGGAAGGAGGAAGGUGUAAAUAAAAAGCUCCAGCAAGCUGUUGAGUGGCCUUUAAAACAUUCUGCUGCAUUUUCAAGGCUUGGAGUAUCACCUGUUUGUGGGAUUCUUCUUCACGGACCUCCAGGGUGCUCAAAAACCACCCUUGCCAAAGCUGCUGCUCAUGCUACCCAAGCUUCUUUUUUUUCCUUGAGUGGUGCAGAAUUAUAUUCAAUGUAUGUUGGAGAAGGUGAAGCUUUGUUGCAUAAUACGUUCCGGAGGGCUCGCCUUGCGGCACCAUGCAUAAUUUUCUUUGAUGAGGCAGAUGUUGCUGCCAAACGCCUCCCAUUUAUUUCUCUUGUCAAGUUCAUGAAAAUGUAG